GCCCGCGUUUUCAGUCGCUUCGUGAAACCCGCCGCAAUCACAUCGAAAUCGCGCGCAAGUCGUAUUCAAAAUCGCCUCAAAACGAAACGCACUUGGAGGCAAAAAAUAUCAAAUACUUAAUUAAUUGCUAGACCAAAUCCAAUUGAUUUUCCUCGGCUGCAUAGUGCAGUUCACCACAAAAUCAAAUCGAAAGCAAAAAAAAAAAUAACAAAUAGAAAGUCUUGUAACCCUAAUACAGGACUAACAAAAUGGCAAAACCCCUUUUAAACUCAUGCUGCCUGUGUCAAUCGACUAGGAAUGGCUCCGUUAUAUCAGGAAGCCUGGCCAUCAUCCUGUCGAUCAUUACCAUCGUGGUGAUCUUCACGACGAGAGUCCACUUUAAGACGAUAAUCUUUGACUUUAUCCCCAAUGAUAUUGUUAAGAUAAUCCUCGUCAUCAAUUUAUGCAUGACGAUUUUGAUUUCUUUGCUCAUGAUCGUGGGUGCUCUUAAGAGGAAUCACUAUCUAAUGGUUCCAUGGGUCGUCCUCGGCAUUAUGAUUGCUAUCGGUCUGCUGAUCUCGGUCAUAUACACCGGAGUGGUCUUCUUCAUCGACGGCUAUGUGCUGACGGGCGUCCUCUGGCUGAUCUUCGGCCUAAUUGUCUGCGCAAUUAUGACUUACUGUUGGUGUGUGGUUUAUAGCGAAUACGCCAACCUAUCCGAGGAGAAUGAGCGCGGACGUUACAACAAACAACCUUACCGCCGCUAAAGGAUCUCCAGGAUCACUGUUCAUCAUUAUUUGCAUUCUAGAAGCCGACUCUCACCAUCGACACAUCUUCAUCCUAGCUUCUUAUGUUCGUUUUUAGUAAUUAUGUCUAACUAAUAAUUGUAAUUUAAUUUAGGCGAGCCAGCCCUUCGCUCACAUCGAAUUUACGCGGCCCGCGGCAGUAAGUGCAAUGGAAUAAUGUAUUUAACAUUUAAAUAAAACUUUAAUCCAGAUAAUUUGUGAAUUUAUGUUGUAAUUUGUACGUAAUACUUGUAAUUGUGAAUGAGGAGAUCAAGAACCGAAAAUCAUUAACACGUGAAAAAUAAAAACAAACUGUUUAGUUAUCAA